AUGCCCGUGGAGUCCAGCACUGCUUUCGAUCACGCGGAAAAGGACAUCGAGCGGCGGCAGGAGUACUAUCAGUUCUUUGAUCACGACGGUAACAUCAGCGGCUACGCUGGCACGACAAGGAAGGACAGCGGCCUGGCACGUUACAAGACAAUUGGGCUCCUCUCUCACUUCAUUGCGCAGAAGCAAAGUUUCAUGCAGUGGUUGAGGGAUAUGAAACCAAUUCACUGCAUAUUUAUCCGUGUCUUCGACGACACAAAUAUCUGGGUGACUCCGGAGACUGGCCCUGCGAAAAUGGAAGACAUAGAUGAGGACUUGGCGCAGGCAGAGAGACAAGAAAACGGGGAGGAAAAUGAGGAGGAGGAGGGCUUGAAUUGCUCCAAGAAGGGCCGCACCGGGCGGCGUAAAGUGCAGGCACUGCUGGGAAUGUUGCAGUGGGCUGUUGCCCGACGGUCUGAAAGUCGGAGGGCAGCCACCGAUGCUGUUGAAUGUGUGCAGCUGUUCGCCCCUUCGCAAGUCAUGCCGAAGGCAGGAGAGGUUUUCGUUUCGGGCGGUGACAGUACAGAUGCCCUGACUGCGAACGUAUCAGCCUUGGCAUUGGAGCAGCAACGUGUGCUGCAGCGGCGGCAGGCCGGUGGCGAUGGCCUCGUUCGCAUGGCUAAUGCUUUCAGGGGCACUCUCUUCAGACAGAGACUUGACAACGUGCUGGCCUCGCUGGCACGCUCUGCUGUGAGACACGAAGUGGCCUCGUUACCUGCGUCCACCCAAGGCGAGAUUGCGAGCAACUCUGGGCUGCUGCGACAAUGCUCCCUGGGGCUUACGGAAGAGCAGAUAGCCCUUACGCUGCAGAUGCUCAAUACGGACUGGUCGGAGCCAUUGGAGAUGGGAGAGCCUCUGCGCCAUUUUUGUGAGCCUGGCUGUUGCGGGAGCUUGCGCGAGUUCCGCAAACGGAUGCGGCAGGUGCUGGAUGGACUGUUCGCUCAUCUGUUCGCCUGCCCACUGCUGUAUCGAUGGAAAAACUUUGAUGAGGCUUGCACAUGGGUUGCGCGGGGCAUGGUGAUCCGGGGCUUGUUGAAGCAAGUUUGGGGCCUCUGCAAGCAAGAUGCCGCAGAUAAUCUGGAAGAUCUUGUGGCACUCCAGGCUUUGGAUGAAGACAAUCCAGAUGUGAACCCCAGCUUGCGGCAGCAGAUUCGAGUAGCCAAAGUUAUGGGCCUGCUUUCGGAACCAGACGCGGCAGCCCGCUUCCUGAAGACCGUAUUGGUGUCUCGACCCCUUACAGCCUACAUGGACAAGAUGGCUUUCCUUGAAACAUGCCGAUCACGGUUUCGCUUGCGCAUGCGGGGCUUGAAGUUGCCGCACAGCAAGUGUACGCAUUCAACGCUUGAUGAUAUCGUUCAGUUGGCAUUGGAAGUCACCCAGGGAAGGGCAGGCAGAGCGGUUGUGGCAGAAUUUUCUACAAUGCUGAUGACAGCGCCGAGCGACGCCAUGUGGUACAACCAUUUGGGGCUUGGCAAGUCCAGUUGCAUGGAGCUUCUUCUCAUAGGUGCGGCAGACGGCUACAGGCGUCUAGUGUUACCUUUCAGUUGCCAGCCCUGGCAACUGCUGGGUGUGUCUGCAUCCACACCAGAAGCAGCCUUAGCGUCCAUGGAAGCGCAGUGCCGGCAGCAUGCUAAUUGCGACCAAUGCAAUGAUCCAAUGUUCAGCAAGGUUUUUCUGGACUGGGCACUGGGUCCUUCACUGCCACACGAAGUGAAGCUGGAGCGAGUGGAACAUGUGCAAGUGCUUUUGCGUGAUGUGCUGGGGCAGCUGCCAUUGAGCAGCAUCGACGUAGAGAGAUCGCAUGCAAACGUUCAAGUAGACAUGAAUGCUACGAAGCCUGUGCCGAAGAGACCGUCGAAUGCACAAUGCGACGCCUAUAUAUGCUGUGUAGCACUUGAACACGAGCACACCAAGAAGCAAGUCGAGUUGGAAACAUUGGGCACAAAUCCCGUCAGGGUCAAGAAGAGUAUGCGAACUCGUAAGAUUGAAACCGGUGCACCUGGGAACGGCUUGUGUUUGGGACGCCUGGGCUUCAACGCUGACGGAACGGUGAAGGGCAAAGAUGGCCUCCUCAAGGGUUUACUGUCGGUCAAGGCUGGGGGUGUGCGGAAGACUCGGGCCGAGACGCGCCGAGUCAGUGGCUUCAAUGCUUUCCAGAAGGCCAACAAGCAUCUCUUCAAGCACUCGCGCUUGGGGAGCGCUGAGAAUCGUCUGGAAACCAGGCAUGUAGGCGAGCUCUGGCGCAGUUUGUCGGCGGAGGCUCGCGAGCGGUACGAGCAACAGGCGCGAGCGAUGCAAGCUGCGCGGGAUGAUUUGAAAGGAAAGGUGCUGUCGUCGACAUCUUCCGCAACAGAAGCUGUGGAGAGUGAGAUCUUGAGCCACUCCCAAGUUAAACGAUUGAACAACAGCAGAUUGGACAAGACGCUGGGUCAGGUGUCGGGGCACCCUGUGUGGCAGGCCGGCUUGGGCCUCUCGGAUCAUGUGGCUGCUCUGAGGGCGAAACUGGUCUUGGAAGUGCCAGAUUCCAGUGCUAUGCGAGGUGUCAAACGCCAGCAUGACGAAGCUUUCUCGUAUGACUCACGAAUUGUGCCGAACCCGCCGCUCCCCAAAUUCAUUCGCCCCUGCUGCUUGCUGCAUGGCGGCACUUGUCAGUGCGACCCUCAUUUUGACAUGAUGCAACGCUAUCUGAAGCAGUUUCAUGACAAUCUGAUUGCUGAGCGACUUGGCGGCAGUCCUAACCUUGUGGAGCUCAGACCUGACAACGCCGAAACCUCGACUUGGGUGAUUGUCGCAACAGUGGCACUACGGCCUCAGUGCCACAUAGUCGUCCAUUUGCAUUCUGAGAACGGGUUCCUGCACCUGUCGAUGCAGAACGGCAGCGUGUCUUUGGGCACAAUGCAUCGAGUCAUACGCAAGCUGCUCGUUGUGGCCUCCCGAGGAGGCACAGAUCCGUCUGAGUUCUGCUGCACUGUUCGCCAUUAUGGUGUACCUGAGAUGGAUGAUUCGGAGGAGAUGCAAUUCCUCCAGCCUGACGAGGCUGAGGCGUUGUCGGAGCAUCUCUUGGGGGGAGUGGACAGGCCUGGAGAGCGACGGAUGCCAGCGGCACCCGCCGGGGGUUGUCGGCUGCCUUUUGGGUUAUCUGCCACUAGGACGACGAAGGCGCGCAAACCAACGAGCGAGAGCAAAUUGGGCAAGGGCAAAGAUGCCGCGAUGGGAGCGGAUGAGGCCGCUGGCGAGACUUUGCCGGUUCGGCCGUUGGCGGACAAGGCGGAGCCGGCGGAGCAGAUUGAGCUUGAAUCAUCGCUGGCGGAGGGCGGCUGCCUUUUAAGCCCUGCUGCACAAGCUGAAUUGGACCUGGCUAUGCAGCUGCAAAGACAUGCCGACCAAGAACAGGAGGAUGAUGCACAGCCACCUCGUCGGAGUAGCGGUUCUGGUGCGCCAGAGUCGGACCCUACUGCCGCGCCUCGUGGAAGCCGUGAUCCGCUGCCACGUGGAGGGCCCAAUGCUGAAUCUGUGCCUAGCCUAGCCCUUUAG